ACGUCAUUCGUUCGAUCAAGUUCGUCGAAGGAAGGGAGUUCUUUCUCAAAGUGAACAAGUGAAAGUUUCCGUAUUUUCGCGUUUACAAUGGCCCAACCUCAACCACCGCCAUAUCAAGCCCAAGAUCCCUACAAUAAGGGAGCCUAUCCGCCACAACAGCCAGGAUAUCCACAACAACCAGGCUACCCACCUCAAGGCUAUCCUCCUCAAGGCUAUCCGCCACAGCAAGGAUAUCCAGCUCAACAAGGAGUACAACAAACUACGAUCAUACAACAACAGCCUGUGACGACAAUUGUAACUGGGGCUAUGUUUGGAGAGGCUCCAGUAUCAAUGGUGUGCCCUCACUGUCGAGCAAGCAUCAUAACAGCCACUGAAUAUGUCCCUGGCACAUUGGCAUGGAUCAUCUGUCUUGUGCUCUUCUUUCUUUUCUGGCCCUGUUGCUGGUUGCCUUUUGUCAUUGAUGGCUGUAAGGAUGUCCUUCAUUCGUGCCCUAACUGUCGAACACAAGUUGGUGCUUACAGACGAAUGUGAUAUUGCGUUGCCGUCACCACCCAAGCUUUAAAGACUGCACUUAUUUUAUAGUCAAUCCACAACUUAUCCAACCAAGAGAAAGUAGAAUUUAGAAUAUGUUUAGAACAUUAAUUACUUUUUAUAGCAUGUAAUGGCAUAUGUAUCAAAAUUUUGCAUGCACACUUUUCAUUUAAUAGAUUUUUGGUCACACAUACAUUUUUAAUGAGACUUUAGCCAUGUAGUUUCAAAAGCAUUCUCAGAGUAAUGUUGUGUGAAUUUUGUACUAUAAUUAAUGUGUGGUAUUAUCUGAGAUCUUACACAAACAUAUGAUACCUAGAAGAAGACCUUAUCAUUGAUUUUUUGUUGUUGUUUUUUUUUGUGUGAACCGGUGUAUUAUACUCCAGUAAUACUUAGCAUUACGCAGGGUUAAGGGUUACACCUAUUUUUAUAGUUGAUUUGCUAGAAUCAUUGACUUAUUAAUCUAUGUAGAUAAAAUGUAAAGUGAUGUGCCUACUCAUGGCAAUUAAAUUGCUAUAUAACUUGUUUAAUGUUUUGAUAAAAUGAAACAAUAAACUAUCAAAGUUCGAUCUGUUUGAGUUACCAUGUCCAGAAAUAAAUUGAAGAUUUAUGGAAAUAUAAAGAUUGUUCCCUGUAGCCAGGUCUUCAAUGAUAAUUUUGUUCAUGGUCACUUAACUAGAGCAGCAAAUGCAACUGUUAAGCUACUUCUAGAGUUUAAAAGAAAAGGGUUGGUUUGUGUAAUUUCUUUAUUCUGUUACACUGUAAUAAUUAAACUUUUUUGUUCUUUCACAGAA